AUGACAAAUUCAUGGACGAGCUUCUUCAGAAGGCGGCAGUAUGAUCUGCUUCCGACCACUAACGACCCUCCGCAGAACAUACCAGGUUCUUUUCCUGCUGCUGAUGAAACGACCGUUGAUGAACCUUCAAACACCCGUUCCAUAGGCAACCGCAUAGUCGAGUGGCUAAUCUUUCUAUUUGUUGAACCUAUUACCAUUGCGGCGGUCAUAACACUUUCACUUCUAUCGAAGUUCUUCUCCUUCCUAUAUUUUGAGGAUAACGCAGCUCAAAGGCGCAGAUCUGGAUCUGAAACCGCCACCACCAGUUGCAAUGCACUCAUGAAUGACCCCAUCAGUAAAGUUGAAAGGUUUGUCAGAGCUCUUGAGGAGAAUCUUCUGCCCGAACAGCUUUACUCGUCCCAUACAGAUAACCAUGUUGCUUCAUUGCCUCCGUUUUUCCAAGGCAGCUAUACCCAAGCCCUUUACAUGGCUAUCAACAGGGGCAAGUUCUUGUACGUUUACUUGACUAAUCCAAGCAACGAGAGCUCCAGCUCAAUCUUUGACCAUAUCAUUACAAAUCCUAAGUUCAUUUCCAUCUUCACAACUGAGAACAGAAACAACCAGAACAUAAUAUGGGGAGGUGAUCUCACCAACCUGGAAGCAUACCAAUUAGCCAAUAGCUUGAAUGUCACGAAGUUUCCCUUCUUAGGCGUUCUCUGUCUUACACGGACGUCUACCAUGACACCUCAAGGCCCAUCGAAGACUCCGCCAAAGAUUUCCCUUAUUCUGAAAAUCCAAGGAGGCAUUGGUGACGUUGAUCCUGCCAGGUUGAUCCAAGGUAAGUUCAUUAAGCGUUCACUCAAGUAUGAGCCUGAUUUGGCGCUCAUACGUGCUGAACUUAAGGAAAAGUAUAUGUCCGAAUUAGUCCGCAAACAGCAGAAUGCUGAUUAUCAACAGUCAUUGCUCAAGGAUAGACAGAAGAAGGCGCAGAAGAUACAAAAGAAGCUUGCAGCGGAUUAUCUUCGUUGGAAACAGGCCCAUAUAUUGCAUUUAAGGCUGACUCAGGGUCAAGACCGUCCAAAUGUUGCCAGGAUUGCAAUCAAAAUGGCGGGAGGCAACCGUGAAACAUUCCUUUUCCCAGGAGAUUUACCUAUUGAGGAUAUCUUCGUGUUUGUUGAACUUCAACAGAAGAAUCUUUUGGACGAGGAGACGAAUUUCACGUUGACAGAAACAGAAGCACAAGAGAAGUUCAAGGAUUUUGCAUACCCCUACAAGUUCCGCCUAGUAUCGCCUGUACCUCCAUUGCCGCUGCUCAGUGACUACGACAGGAACACAAUGAUCAAGGAUGUCAGCUUCAUCUAUCCUAGCGGUCUCCUUAUGGUUGAGAGGCUCUGA